CUGACUGACUUCUCGUCUUUCCCAAUGUGCCUAACUGAAAAAGCCUAAGGGUUACUGUGCUUCCUUUUAGCCAUUCUCAGCAAACAAUAGCAAGCUCCAAACUUCCCACAGCUCUUUCAGCCAGUCUCAGUCUGCCUUGGACUCAUAGCAGCAAAGGCAACCCAUUUUCCUUCUUCACUCCUCUUCCAUUCUUCUCAUCUCUCCCUUCUUCAAACCCACAAAAGAAAACAACUGUUUCUCCUUCCAAUGACGACCCAUUUCCUGAAGCAGCUCACUGAAGAGACCAUCAGUCACAAGAGAAUGCUGAUUCCUGGGGAGUUUGUGAAGAAAUUUGGGAGAGAAAAUUUGACAAACCCAGUAGUCCUGGAGCCAACAGUUGGAGAUCCAAGGGAGAGGGAGAUGGAGCUAUACGAAGAUGGUGGUGGGUUUUGGUUGAGAAAUGGUUGGCAGGAGUUGGUAGAUCACUACAAACUCAGCCAUGGAUGUUAUCUACUCUUUGAAUACAAGAGCUAUUCAAGGUUUAAGCUUUUGAUGCUUGGGACAAAUGGGCUAGACUUGGAGCUUCCAGCUUCCAGUUUUGUCAAUGUUGGAUCGAACGGGAACCAGGAGUUCCCAGAAGCUGCGGAGGAAGAGAGUGUAGAUGCUCAUUCUGUGGAGAUCUUAGGCUCAUCAGUGGUUAAGGAGAUGAACACCAAUAAUGAAGGUGGUGGAAAGCAGCCAGCCCAGCCGCGGUCUGCAGAGAAUGCAAUGCAGAAAGGGGUCAUCAAUGCUAGGAAAAGGAGAAUAGCUGAUGAUGGAGAGAGCAGGCUGGUGAAACAGGAUGAUCCAAGGAGAAAUAGAGCUAAUAGAAGCCCCUUUGGAAGGGGUAAGGAUGAGAAUUCUCGUAUUCCUUCGAUUGCUGAGCAGGAAGACGAACCAGCUUUUUCUAGGAGUCCUUCCAGCUCAAAGCCUGGCAGACCCAUAAAUACUGAAGCUAUAGAUGAAGAUAUAGCAAAAUUCACUGGUGCUUGUCAUAACAGAAGCCCUUUAUGUUUUGUAUCUCAUUGUUCUACGGGUUUACAUGGUUUGAUUUCGGUUGAGAUUUGCAGGAUUAUCUUUGAUGAAGGACAUGAACUACAACAACAAUGGAGAUGGUGAUGGAAGACAGCCGUGGCUUGCUGAGAAUGCCAACCACGAAGAGUACAUGAGAACCGGUGACAGUGAGUAUUGGUUCGAUACCUAAACAGAGAAGAAAGAGCAACAUUUUGAUCAUACUUUCGUCAAUAUCUGCAGGGAAAAGGAGAAGAACAGCUGAGGGCGGACAGCAUAAGAAAGUGAACAAGGAACCUCUAAGGAGAAGUAGAGGUAACGGGAGCUCAGUUCCAUUCAUGGUUGAACAUGAAGUCGAACCUCCUUCUAUGGAACCUUCAAGCUCACGGCACGGUAGACCUACAACUGAAGCUGCAAAUGGGUUUGCUUCCCAAACUGAUUUUCUCCAAGUUAUUCACUCAAAAAGUUCCUUGGCUAAGAAAGGCUUGAGGAUGAAGGGAGGUUUUGUUGAAAGGCAUAUCACCGAUUGGAAAGAUAAAAUAGUGGAGCUUCAGGUUGAACAAGAAACAUGGCCAGUGGGAAUUGUAUCAGACCAUGGUGUCCCUACUCUUUCUAGAGGCUGGUUGACAUUUGCGCGUCAGAACUCUUUGAAUGUAGGGGACACUCUCACAAUCGUUCCCACAACCACUGAAGGUGUUCUCACAGUUCAUAUUCUACGUGGUUAUUACAGGAAACCUACUUGUUAGCUAGGAAGUUGGGUUGUUUGUUUAGGUGAUUUUCGAGAAUGAUUAUCACGGUAGGUUGUCAAAGGAGUCUGUUCAGUAUCUGAUAAUGUUGCUAAUCUGCUGUUGAAUGUUAUCAGCUUAUGUUGAUGUUUCUAUUUACUAAUGUUAUGGAAUGUUUCUGAUAUGUGGAAUCUAACAAAAGCUCUAGUUUUCUAUACCCUUCUUGUCGUCAUUGAUGUUCUUCUAAAAUGUGUUCUUCAGAAAGAAUUUG